UCCAGUUCAGUGAGCUGCACUAGUCCUGAGAGCCACCAGCUCAGAGAAGUAGUCCAGCCACUCCAGAAACACCCAGCUCGCAAUACUGCAGCUGCAGCACACAUUAACCUGUUAGCAACAGAUCCAUUCAAUCAGCAAGGUGACGCUGAGUGACAGCCUCUUAUUUCUGUGUCUCUCACACUGAGCUGAGCUAAUUCAGACCACAGGCAGCUUGUUACACCUGAGACUCAGAGCUGAACCACAGCAGAGAUGAUGAUGGGGAUGCAGCGACACUCACACAGCUUUCUGGUCCUUCUUCUCAUGGUCUUCAUCGCUGGGAUAGUUCUCUGUGGUCCCUCGACUCCUCGCAGGAGCAGAGUGAGACGCCAGAACAUGAAAGUCCGUAUCAACGCCACAGGAGACACCAUCGUGAUGAAGUUUUUGCGUCCCAGCCCUGACACUAAGCUGGAGGGUUACAUCCUGGGCUAUGGCAGCAGCAUGUUCUCCAAACAGUUCAUUCAGCUGCCUGAGAACGGACAGCCGUAUGAGACUGAGUUUGAUGCUGAGCCCAAGUACCUUAUCGCUGUCCAGCCCAUCCCAGUCAAUGAGGUGAAAAAGCAGUGCACAGGUAAAGUGGAAAUGCAGAAGCCACUACACUUGGUCAUUGGGUCAGUGACGCCCAGCUCAGUUCUCCUGUCCUGGGGGACCCUCCUGAAAACUCCCUAUGAAGGCAACGUCAUGGAUGACUGUCUUGAGGAUGGACACUACACGGUGCGUUAUCGUGAGAGGAACAGGAAGUGGAACUACCAGACCUGCCCGACUAGCGACACGGUCAUUGACAACCUGAAGCCCAACACAGUCUAUGAGUUCGGCGUCCAGCCCAACUCCAAGGACGGCACUGGAGUGUGGAGCAAGCCGGUCAUUCACAACAUCAGCUCCGGGGGCAUAGAGGAGAAAGCCAUCAAGAAAAUCUUUAAACGUCCCAUCAGCCCUGUGAAACCUUUAACGCCAGUCAAGCAGCCUUUCCCCUUUUCUCCGCACCAUGUUCUCCAUAACAGGACCCAGGGCAGACCGCCCGUCUCCCGGAACAUAGCCCCAAAGACAACUCUUGGAGGAGGAGACCACUCCAGAUCUGUCUUGCCUCCUUUCACAGAGUGCCCCUUAGCUCCCAAGCUCCCUCCUCCACCACACAUUACAGCCACUGUGGCAGCUGUGCCAGCCACCCAAAGAAAUCUAGAGAAACAUAAAGAGCAUCCUAUGAGUCAACCACAACAAAAGCCCCGGUCCCAACCUCCUGUACAACCUCAACCCCCCCAGCUGCAGCCGCAGUAUUGGCCAUCACCACAACCAAAGCCCCAGAAACCUCAUCUACAGCAGGAGGUGAAGGCUCAACCUCAACCACAACCAAAACCCCUUUUCCAACCACAAUCCCAGCCCACAUCCCAACCGAUACCCCACACCCAACCACAUCCCCAACCAACAUCCCAGCCCAUACUCCAGACCCAACCACAACCAAAAUCUCAGCCCAUACCCCAGACCCAAACAAAUCUCCAAACAACAUUCUUGCCCAGACUCCAUAACCAACCACAAACAACACCCCAGCCUAUACCCCAGACCCAACCACAUCCCCAACCAACAUCCCAGUCCAUACCCCAUACCCAACCACAUCCCCAACCAACAUCUCAGUCCAUACUCCAUACCCAACCAAAAACAACAUCCCAGCCUAUACCCCAGACCCAACCACAAACAACAUCCAAGCCAACAUCUCAGACCAAACCACAAACAACUUUCCAGCCUAAACCCCAGACCCAACCACAAACAACCUCCCAGCCCAAACCCCAGACCCAACCACAAACAACCUCCCAGCCCAAACCCCAGACCCAACCACAAACAACAUCCCAGCCCAAACCCCAGACCCAACCCCAACCAACUUCCCAGCCCAAAGUCCAGACCCAACCACAACCAAAGUCCCAGCCCAAAGUCCAGACCCAACCCCAACCAACAUCCCAGCCCAAAGUCCAGACCCAAUCACAACCCCAACCAACACCUCUGCCCAAAUUCCAGACCCAACCCCAACCAACAUCCCAGCCCAAAGUCCAGACCCAAUCACAACCCCAACCAACACCUCUGCCCAAAGUCCAGACUCAACCUCAGUCACAAUCUCAACCAAAGCCACAUACCCAGUCACAGCCUCAAACCACAACCCAGCUCCAGGCUGAACGACAACCUCAACCAACAUUACAGCCCAAGUACCAGGUCCAAACUCAAACACAACCACAUCCAAAGACCCAGACCCAUUCUGAAGUUCAAACACCUCCACAGCCCACACCUGUGGCACAUCCUCAAACACCUCAACCAACACUCCAUCACAUUCCUCAGACCCAACAAGUACUACCAAAGUUUUACACCCAGCCACAGCCUCAACCACAAUUUCAAUCAACAACUCAGCCACAAACCCAAAAACAACCAAAACCUAAGACUGACUGGCAGUCUCAGCCACAACCUACAGUAAAACCCUACCCAGAGCUUCAACUAACCACCAAGCAGCAGUCUAAAGCCCAGCCAACACCUAAACCAAAGAGCGAACUCAAGCCCAAAACACAGCCUCAGCCAAAGAGUGAACCCAAACCCAAAACACAGCCUCAACCAAAGAGUGAGCCCAAGCCCAAAACACAGCCUCAACCAAAGAGUGAACCCAAGCCCAAACCACAGCCUCAACCAAAGAUUGAACCCAAGCCCAAAACUCAACCUCAACCAAAAAGUGAACCCAAGCCCAAACCACAGCCUCAACCAAAAAACAAGCCAAAGCACAGACCACAGCCUCAACCAAAGAGCGAGCCAAAGCCCAGACCACAGCCUCAACCAAAAAGCGAACCCAAGCCGAAAACACAGCCUCAACCAAAAAGUGAGCCAAAGCCCAAACCACAGCCUCAACCAAAAAGUGAGCCAAAGCCCAAACCACAGCCUCAACCAAAAAGUGAGUCAAAGCCCAAACCACAGCCUCAACCAAAAAGCGAACCCAAGCCCAAACUACAGCCUCAACCAAAGAGUGAGCUCAAGCCCAAAACACAGCCUCAACCAAACAGUGAGCCCGAGCCCAAAACACAGCCUCAACCAAAGAGUGAGCCCGAGCCCCAAACACAGCCACAACCAAAGAGUGAGCCCAAGCCCAAAACACAGCCUCAACCAAAGAGUGAGCCUGAGCCCAAAACACAGCCUCAACCAAAGAGUGAGGCCAAGCCCAAAACACAGCCUCAACCAAACAGUGAGCCCGAGCCCAAAACACAGCCUCAACCAAAGAGUGAGCCCGAGCCCAAAACACAGCCUCAACCAAACAGUGAGCCCGAGCCCAAAACACAGCCUCAACCAAAGAGUGAGCCCGAGCCCAAAACACAGCCUCAACCAAAGAGUGAACCCGAGCCCAAAACACAGCCUCAACCAAAGAGUGAGCCCGAGCCCAAAACACAGCCUCAACCAAAGAGCCAACCCAAGCCCCAACCACCAUUUCAGCCAAAAAAACAGCCAAAGCCUCAGCAACCACCUCAACCAAAAAAGUCUAAGCCUCAACCUAAGCCCCAAACAAAGGAACAAGAAACUCACCCAAUGAUUCAGCCACAGCCCCAAACACAACCUCCAACAAUGCCCCAGGCCCAACCUCAACCCACUCCCCAACCACAACCUCCACCAAAUACCCCGACUCAGUCCCCGCUUGAACCUCUACCCAAGCCACAACCUGAACCUGGGCUUCACACCAGGACCUACUCUGAUCCCACCACGGUCUCCCCAAGGCAGACAGUCCCUACGGCUCCUAGUCGACCAGAAGAGGGCAAGCCUCUACCAAGACCUGCCCUGGCUACAGAGAAGGCUGGUAGUUACAAUCAGGGUACUGGCGUCCGUAAGCCAUCCGUUCCUGAAGCUCCUCAUUCUCCCAUUAGCUCAUCAGUUCCUCCAGCAGGAAGAAACACCACGCUGCCCCGCACCAGGGUUCCUCCUCAUUCCACUCGUACUAGUGGCAGACCAUUUUCUCCAUCCAAGACAUUCACCUCCUCUCACAGCUCCAGCACACCUGGGGCCGAUGGGGCGCAUCAUAGGGGCAAUGCUCUUCCUAAACCUGUGGUGUGGUCCAGAGAGAAACCUGUCCCGCGUCCCCCUAUUCCUGUCAACAAGAGACCCAACCUGGUGGGAAAACCUAGUGACCAUGAUAAACCCAUGGACCUGAAACAGGGAGACAAGGAGUCCAUCUUGAAGCCAUUCCCUCUGGUCACAGCCAAGCCCAAGCAAGAGCGUCGACAGCAGCAGACAACCACCUCUGCCCCGGCAGUAAACACCAGCCGUUUUGACCUAAGUGAAAACUCUUCCAUAUUCAGGCCCUUGCCUGCGUCAGAGGUAGACAUCAUGGGCAAGAAGCGCUUUGUAGCUCCCCAUGUGAUCUACAAGACAGAUAAGAAGCCAGAUGAGCCGUGCUCCAUCACUUCCUCCCUCUCUUACUUCCCUGACGAGGAAGGCAGCGAUCAGAACGUGACUGGUCCUCCCCGCAUCCCUCCCUCCAACCUCACUGUGGUAACAGUGGAGGGCUGCCCAUCUUUUGUCAUUCUCGACUGGCAGAAAUCUGACAAUGAAACCAGAGAGUAUGAAGUCGUAUCCACCGCUAAAGGACCGAACGGAGAGGAGGUGUCUGUACUGACAACUAAUCAGACACACACGGCCGUGGAGAAUCUCAAACCAGAGAGCAGUUAUGAAUUCACAGUAACACCAAGGAAUGAGAUGGGAGCAGGACCGUCCACUGAUCCGGUGUCUUUUAACACAGAAUCAGCGGAUCCACGAGUGAGCGAACAUGUCUCAGGCAAAGAUGCCAUCUGGACUCAGUUCCCAUUUAAAUCGGAUGAAUACUCUGAAUGCAAUGGAAAGAUGUAUGUGAAAAGAACUUGGUACCGAAAGUUUGUGGGCAUCCAGCUCUGCAACUCCCUGAGAUACAAGAUCUACCUGAGUGACUCUCUCAAUGGGAAGUUCUACAACAUUGGAGAUCAGACGGGGCAUGGUGAGGACCAUUGUCAAUUUGUGGACUCUUUCCUGGAUGGAAGGACUGGCACCCAGAUGUUAGCUGACCAGCUACCCAGCAGGCGAGGAUAUUAUAGAGCGUUGAGACAGGAACCUGUCCACUUUGGAGAGAUUGGAGGGAAGUCACAUGUCACUUAUGUAGGCUGGUACGAGUGUGGCACACCUAUACCUGGGAAGUGGUAAGACCUCACAGAGCUGUCCAGGAAGGAUGACUUCCUUGGUAGAGAGAAAAAGGAAGAAGACGCCUGUCUAAGCCUGAAGGGAGGUGGGCCUUUCUUUCAUGUUACCAUGGACACUGUAGAUUGGUCUGUCUGUUUGAACUCAGCCUACUCUCGCAGGUAUGAACCUGCACAGGACUAUUAGGUGUCACAAAACUCUAUCGAGUGCAUUUGUAACAUUGGUCUUAAUUUCUCUAUUUAUCAAAAUGCAUUCAGUGAAGGAAUGCAGGAGUCUGCGUGAACCAAAAUGUUGAAUAUACAGUAAUUACAGAGAAAAUGUUGGGAAGCUGGCUCCCAAAGUGUAAUAACUUGUAUGAUAUUAUUUAUCAAAGGGGAUCUUUAUUGAAUAUUCUGUGUGUGCUCGGACUUUUGAGAUGAGAAAGUAAAAAUUGUUCCCAAAUCAUGCAUGUCAGUGAGCACACACUCUGUGUCAUCUGUAUACAGAAAGGGGCCAAUCAUACUUUCAUUGUACAUUUGGACCAUGUAAAAUACAAGUAAGCACAGACAUGCAGAAUUGACCCUCUGCUGGCCCUAAGGGAUUAUUAGCAGUUGCAGUUUGCACAGUAUUAAACUUUUGUUCAUAUAUGUAUAUGGUGUGAAAUACAGUAUGUAUACCAGGGAUCAUAUAGUUUGAUGCAUUUCAGGUAAAACAGCUUAAGCAAAAUUGUUGAUCUAUUGUAAGAAAGCCAAAAGCUUGAGCUCAUCAUUUCUGUGGGGUCACUUGGAAAGAUUUAUGUAUUUUUUAAUGCUAGUGCAGUCAUGUCCUGUAUUUUAUAGAAGAAUAAAAUAUAUAUAAAAAUGCUUUGAUGUGGAAAAGACAUAAGCAAAUGACAUAAUUUAUGUUUUUGUGUUCAACCUUACGACAAAGUGUACAUAAAGCUAUAAAUCAUUGGAGAGAAAUUGUAAGGUUUUUUCCACAUCUGUCAUGACUACGGUUGUUUUUGAUGCACCAUGUAUGUUUUCAGCAAUAAAUCUUGUUUUUAUAUUUACGGAUAUUCAUUUCCAUCUGAAUUCAAUGACUUGUAUUGUAAAGGUAAAGUUAGACAUUUAGGGCAGUGGUUCCAAACUGGUGGGUCGCGGGUCCUUUCUAAAUGGAUCGACUCACGAACAUGUCAAGUUUGUAAAAAAUACACUUUAUUUUGAAGUACACUGA